CGGAACUUCCGGCUGGGGCCGCCAUCUUGACUUCGCGACCUUGGGUUCCGGAUACCGGGUACCUGCAGUCUCCUCGGUGCGGUCAUGUCCGUGCUGACUCCACUGCUGCUGAGGGGCCUGAUAGGCCCAGCCCGGCGGCUCCCCGUGCCGCGGGCCCUGAUCCAUUCCAAGCCGCCGCGGGAGCAGCUCAGGACCAUGGAUAUCGCCAUUGGGCUCACCUCCUGCUUCCUGUGUUUCCUCCUGCCGUCGGGCUGGGUCCUGUCACACCUGGAGAACUACAAGAAGCGGGAGUGACAGGAGCUGUCCUCUCCCUCAGCCUGUGACCUGAGCACCCGGCCUGUCCUGAUCACCUCUGCUGCAUUCCUGGCCGGCCUCCCCUGGAGCCUGUCCUUCAGUUACAGGGACCUCUUCUGCAAUCGUGACCUCUUCAUUUCUCCUUGUUGACAUCCUGGGACCACAUGUAUCCGUUUAGAAGGCCCUGCUCGGUAGGGCCUCCCUUGUAACAAUAAAGUCUCUUUAAACCCUGCUUCAGAGGGAAUUCCCUGGCAGUCCAGUGGUUAGGACUCCGCUCUUUCACUGCUGAGGGCCCGGGGUCAAUCCCUGGUCAGGGAACUAAGAUCCUGCAAGCUGUGUGGCGUGACCAAAAAUAAAUAAAUAAAUAAACCCCGCUUCAGACACUCA